AUGGCGAGGGUUUAGAAGAGGGCCGGUGUGUCGAUGCCUUUUGUCACUGAUGACUUGAGUGACGUCACGGCGUAGGGCAGCAGGUCUUGAUGCUCCGCCCUGCCAAAAUGCACCUGUUCAGUCACCUGGAGACAAGCAGCACUGGCAGGCUGGAGGCACUGGAAGAGGCAACAGCAGCAGUAUGGAAGGAGUCUACUCAAGCGAAAGGAUGCCUGGAGUUUUCUCCUACGAGAGUUCAGAGCUCGACUGGUGUGAAGACAACUACAAACACUCGGAACACGUGGUGGAGUUCUUCAACACUACGAGCAGCUUCGUUUUCUUUAUCAUAUCUCCCAUCAUGCUCUACCUCCUGCAUCCGUACGCCAAAGAGAGGAACUUAGCAAUUCAUCUGGUCUGGAUCAUGAUGUUAUUUGUUGGACUCUUCUCUGCCUACUUUCACAUGACUCUCAGCUUUGUCGGCCAGAUGUUGGAUGAGCUGUCAAUCCUGUGGGUGUUGGCAGCAGGUUACGCCACAUGGUUCCCACGUAGGCUCUUCCCUUCUUUCAUCAAGAACAGGUCCACCUUUGCAAGACUCAUCCUGGUGGUUACGCUCGUCUCUUCGCUCACCUCCUUUGUCCGGCCCACAGCCAACGCCUACGCUCUCAACUGCUUCGGCCUGCACCUGCUCUACGUCGUGGCCAUUGAGAUGAGAUGCUGCACCGACCAGAAGGUUUUAAGACUGGCCAAGCUGUCGGUGGCUUUGUGGAUACUUGCCAUCUCCUGCUGGAUUAGUGAUCGCUUUGGCUGCGGAUUUUGGCAGAGGCUGAACUUCUGCUACCUGCACGGCGUGUGGCACAUUUUGAUCGCGAUAGCCGUGGCGUACGCUACAACGCUCGUGGCUUACUUGGAUGCCAGCUACGAGAUCCCUUACUCGCUGCCUGGACUGCAGUACUGGCCCUGUGAUAAAUGGGCGCUCGGAUUACCUCAUAUUGUCCUGAAAGGGACAAGGAAGACAUUAAAGCGGUGCUAAUGGCUUAAUUACCAGAGCACUCGGAUACAAGAGUGUACAUCUCACCUCAAGUGGAAAAAGUACUCUGUAUGACUGUAACAAGAAGUGAAACUAUGUUAUGUUGAAGUGUUGUGGAUACGUUUUUUUUAAAUUAAAUGUAUUUAUUUAUGGUCAAUAACUGAAUUUAAAUAGAUGUAGAAUGUUUUUCCCUACUGAAGCCAUACGAUGAUGACGUUGUGUUCGAGUAGUAACGAAUUCAUGUGCAUGAAAAUAACUAUGUGUUAAAUUUAAAUAUUGUGUGUUGAUGUACUUCUUAUAAACUUCAUUAUGUGAACAAUUCAUGACAAUAUCAUGUUCAGAUUGGUGGUAAUACUUUGAGAAUUCUCCUGAAUGUAACAAUACUGUGAAACAGGGGUGUGAAAAAUGAGGACCAGGGGCGAUUUGUUUUUGCAACUCCUUUUUUGGGUAUACUCUGCGAAUUGAAUUAACAGCCAGCAUUAGAAUACUGUAUUACGCAUAAAGCUGCAUGCAGCAUAACAAAACACCACACUA